AUGAGUGCCUCUGCUUUCAAAAGAAUAAUCUCGGAUAAGUAUUAUCGAAGACACAAAAGGCUUUAUUCAAAAUUUGAAAGUCGAACCAUACCCUGUGCUUUUUAUGAUGCCAGCAGGGCCCCUUCUGGUUCUUCUGAAAUAACCGAUCAUCCACAACCUUACCCCGCAUACACAAACGACGAAAGUUUUAAUUCAGGCAUUGAUACUGAUUCGAGUACUGAUUAUGCCUCGGAUUCAGGUGAAACUGAAGGGCUUGUAAAUUUUUCUCCCAUAUCCAAACCGAUGCCUGAACCGACAUGUGAACCUGAGUCUUUUUCAAAUAAGUUGGCAAAAUGGGCAUUGCAAUUCAAUAUUGCUCACAAUGCCCUAGGAGAUUUGCUGCGCUUGUUGAUAGAACAGGGCAUCGAAAUGCCAAAAGAUCCUCGAACCCUUUUGAAAACUCCAAGAGAAACUGAUGGUUCGAUUUUGUCAGUUGUAGAACCAGGCCAUUACAUUCAUUUUGGUUUCCAAAAAAGCCUUUUGAAGCUAUUGAAUGUAUUUAACAGAAAAAAUAGCAAACAUUUUGAAUAUAAUACAAUAAGACUUUGUGUUAAUAUUGAUGGUCUGCCAAUUUCGAAAAGUUCUGGCAAUCAAAUUUGGCCUAUUAUGAUUAAUAUUAUGGAUAAUAAGGAUUAUGUUGAAAUUGUAGGAAUUUAUCAAGGAAAUGCAAAACCAUCUGAUUCAAAUAGUUUUUUAAACGAAUUUGUGGAUGAAGCAAAUGAUAUUUUAGCCAAUGGGCUGAUAUAUUUGAACAAGACAUACACCACUAAGCUUUUGUUUGUUUGUGACGUACCUGCAAAAUCUUUCAUCAAAUGUACUAGAGGCCACAGUGGGUAUAUGUCUUGUUCAAAGUGUAAUGUCGAAGGCGUUUUUCAAUCUGGUGAUUAUUCGACUGCUAGGUCUAAAGCUCGAAAGGCAGAAGUCACCAGUGAUCUAAAUUCAGAUGAUGGCAAAAAUAAGAGGCAAAGGAAAAAAAAGUUUAUGAGCUCCUCUGAAUCCGAGUCAGAAGACAAUAGGGUUUUAUCACAAUUUCGGAAGAAGCUACCAACUCCUCCAAAAAAAAAGUCACGGCUUUCUUUGGAGGUUUCAAGACCAACUUCGAACACUUUGACUUUGGUAGAUGCCAAUGUAACCACUGAAAUUAGUGAAAGCCAACCUCGAGGUCAACCUAGUGCAACAUCGUCUUCGAACUCAAGUUGUAACAAUUUGUGCACACAUUGCUGCACAAAAAAUUCCAAGAACAAAGAUAACAAGACGACUCUCUUUGUUAUUAAAGAUAUAUGUUGUGAUAUUUUAGCUAAAGUUGAAAAAUUACAGACUUCAGAACCUGUAAAUCCAAUUCCUGGAAACCUGUUAAAUCAGGUUGGCAUUGAUUUUCCAAUGACUACAAUGGAGGAGCUAUCCAUAUUUGAAGAGUUUUUUAAAAAUGAAGAAAAAUAUACUGUCCUGGUCCGGAUGUUCUCAAAGAUGGGUGGCUCCACAACUGGAGAUUUUAUAAGAAGGUGUUUGGCACCCAUAAUUUCAAACGAAUUAGCAAUGAAGUUUAGUUUCAUUGGAAGAAAAGGAAAGGAAAAUUUAGUGUUAUCUGCCUAUCCAAGGCAAUUGUAGAAGCAGCAGAUAAGAUGCCAUUCAUUAAAGACAAAAAAGAAACAGAAUCUGCCAUAGGAUCUUGGCUGAAACGUGGUAAAGCUAGACUAGAACACAGCGAAAAAAAUAAAUAAUUUUUUUUACGUCAUAUCAUUUAUAUCAGAAUUAUAGUUUUCAGUUCCUUCUAAACCAAAUAAAAUGAAGAUUAAGAUUUAGUUUUCCUGUACAUACUACAUAUAUAGGUACUGUACUUUACUUAUAUUUUUCUAUUUAUAUUAUGUACUUCAAUUUGUUUAUUCUAUAUGUAGGUACAUAUGUACGCAUAUUUUAGUGCAUCUAUAUUAUUGAAUUUUCUGUAGAAUCUCAGUUUUUAGUUCCUUUUAUAA